AGUUGGGAGCAAUAACACUUUUUUUCCCCUCACUAGAAAAGUGACAACGGGCUCGAGGAGCGCUGCAGCCGAGCCGCUCCGUGUCGCGACGAGAUGAAACACAACUCCAACGUCCCCGCGUUCCUCGCCAAGCUGUGGACGCUGGUCGAGGAUGCGGACACCAACGAGUUCAUUUGCUGGAGCCAGGAGGGCAACAGCUUCCUGGUGCUGGAUGAGCAGCACUUCGCCAAGGAGAUCCUCCCCAAGUUCUUCAAGCACAACAACAUGGCCAGCUUCAUCCGGCAGCUCAACAUGUAUGGAUUCCGUAAAGUGAUGCACAUCGACACGGGCGUCGUGAAGCAGGAGAAAGACGGCCCCGUGGAGUUCCAGCACGCCUACUUCAAACACGGACAGGACAACCUGCUGGAGAACAUCAAAAGAAAGGUGGAUGAAUCGAUUUGUGCUUGGCCAGAGGACAACAAGUUUCGCCAGGAAGACUUGUCCCAGAUCUUGGAGAGUGUCCACAACGUCCACAGCAAGCAGGAGAGCCUGGGACUCUCAACUCUGCGGCGCGAGACGGAGAGCCGAGAAGUGUUAACUCUGACGUAACCACACGUGACUCUUCUCUUCCAGCUGAUCCACUUCAUCGUCACUUUGGUAAAGAACAACCGCAUCAUGAACUUGAAACGCAAAAGGCCGGUUCUCAUGAACAGCAACGGGAAGAAGUCCAAAUACAUCCAUCCGAUCUACGACGACGACGACGACGCGCGCGUGGACCAGUCGCCUGUCAACAGUCUGAGUGGCGUGAAGGGCUCCGAGGUGUCGGACGACGUCAUCAUUUGCGACUUGUCCGAUAGCGAGGGCGAGACGUCCGAGGGGUCGCCCCGAGACCACGAGCAGGGGGACAUCGACAUCGUGGAGGUGGAGCUGGACGGCUGCACGUUGCCGCCGGAUGAGACGGACGCGAGCGCGGACGACGUCAGACAGACUGAGGCGGGGGGGUCUGCGGACGGCGACGACGGCGACGACGGCGACGGGGCGAGCAGCGGCGCCCUGCAGCUCAACAACGCCUUCGCCAUGAGCCUGGAGGACCCCGUCAAGAUGAUGGAGUCCAUACUGAACGAGAGCGGAGCGAUAUCGCAGAACAUCAACCUGCUCGGCAAGAUGGAGCUGAUGGACUACCUGGACAGUAUCGACUGCAGCCUGGAGGACUUCCAGGCGAUGCUCUACGGGAAGCAGUUCGGCAUAGACUUCGACGCCUUCGAGGACGGCUCCGCCUCCAAAGAGAACGCGGCCCAGCUGAGCCGAGGCCGGACGGAGGACGGAGGCGCAGAUAAGCAGUUGAUCCAGUACACCGCCUGCCCCCUGCUGGCCAUCCUCGACAGCUGCAUCACACAACCGGACCUGGACCCGGGGCCCAGCAGCAGCUCCUACUCCGCCCACCCGCAGCCGUCCUCCGUGGGGGCGGAGCCGCCCAUGGAGCUGCUGGACGCCGGGCCGGAGCCCAGGCAGCCGGCCCGCGACUCCCCGGUCCAGCUGGAGCCGCUGACGGAGGCGGAGGCCAGCGCCGAGACGCUCUUCCACCUGUGCGAACUGAGUCCCGUCGGAGAGGAGGCCGAGACGGCGUGAGCGGCACGCCGGUUCGCCGCGGCGUACAGCCAUUGGGCGUGACCGGCCCCUCCCCCUCCCUCCUGGGCAUGACCGGCCCCUCCCCCUCCCUCCUGGGCGUGACCGGCCCCUCCCCCUCCCUCCUGGGCGUGCACGUCGAGGAGCAGCAGAGGAACUGAAGGAGGAGCUUCCCACUGUCCCACGUACACAUUCACACAUUUUUACAUUUAAGACUUUUGCUGUUUAUGAAAAGGAUUUGGGAACCAAGAAGACGCCGUGUUCUCGUCACGUAUAUAAAUGUGUUAGUUUAACAACCUCCGGCAGGUUUUUAAAACGCGUUGAACCUAAAAGAUGCGAUAAGUGAGUCAUAAGUCUGGUCAUACAUGUCGUGUCCACACACGUCAACACACGGUCCUUCCUCAUUUCUUCAGAUCAUCAUCAUCGUCACCGGACAUCAAGAGCAAUCGCGCUGUUGCCGUGGGAACGUCGUACUUCCCGCGUCCACCGCUAAAGCAUGAUGGGGAAUUUAAGCGCCAAAACAAAACAUUAAAAUCCGACAUAGAAAAUAAUAAACGAGCGCCCAUGAAAAACGUCUUAAUAAAUGUUUUGACUCCACGUGA